AUGAUCUUUGCUAUAAAUGAAAUCAACAAAAAUCCCAAAAUGCUGCCUAAUGUUAAACUUGGCUACAAGAUUUAUGAUAACUGUGGAACUAUGGACAUACUGAGAGCAGCACUGGCACUGGUGAGUGGACAAAAUAGAGAACUCAGUGAGGAGAGCUGCACUGAGACAGUGCAAGCAAUCUUGGGACAUUCAGGAUCAAGCCCAACUAUUGCACUUGCACAGGUUGUUGGAAGGUUUCAAAUACCUGUGAUCAGCCAUUUUGCCACCUGCGCCUGUCUGAGCAACAGAAACGAGUACCCUACUUUUUUCAGAACUAUUCCCAGUGAUUACUACCAAAGCAGAGCUCUUGCAAAGCUGGUCAAGCACUUUGGUUGGUCCUGGGUUGGGGCUUUAGCUGUGAAUAAUGAAUAUGGCUUCAGUGGCAUGGCAGCAUUUAUCAAAGCUGCACAAGAAUAUGGAGUGUGCAUUGAGUAUUCUGAAGCAUUUUCAUCAUCAGAUCCACCCAGCAGGCUACAGAGGAUAACAGAGAUCAUUAAGCAGUCCACUUCCAAAGUGAUAAUGGCUUUUAUGUCUCACAGAGAAAUUAAGUUGCUGGCUACUGAACUGUACCAGCAUAACAUUACAGGACUGCAGUGGAUUGGCAGUGAUGCAUGGAUCACAGAUCUCUCUCUGACUGACAUUAAGGGACACAAAAUCUUGGUGGGGUCAUUAGGCUUCACUGUCCCUACAGCUAAGAUCCCAGGGCUAGAGGAGUAUCUGAGACAGCUCGACCCCUCACAGUUCCCCAAUAGUCGGUUUGUUCAAGAAUUCUGGGAUGAAGUGUUUGACUGCUCCCUAAAUGAAACUGUAAACACACAAAGACAACCGUGUAGUGGCUACAAGAGUCUGCAAAAUGUUGAAUCACAGUUUACUGAUGUGUCUGAGCUCCGAUUUACUAAAAAUGUUUACAAAUCAGUUUAUGCAGUGGCUCAUGCUCUUGACAACUUGAUAAAAUGCGAUAGUGGUCAACAGCUCUUUUCCAGUGGGAGCUGCAUUGAUCCGAAACAAAUUCAACCUUGGCAAGUGUUUCAGUAUCUCAAUACUGUAAAUUUCACAACUGAAGAAGGGGAAAGAGUGUAUUUUAACAAAAAUGGUGACAUUCCAGCAAGAUAUGAACUUGUUAAUUUACAAUAUUCAAUCCAAGGAAUCAUGGAAGGAAGAACUAUUGGCAUUUAUGAUGCUUCUUUUCCAGACAGACAACAGCUUAUCAUGAACAACAACACAGUUGUUUGGGGCAAUGGUUUGGUUGAGGAGGUGCCUCUGUCAGUGUGCAGUGAGAGAUGUCUCCCUGGAACACAUAAGGUCCUUCAGAAGGGAAAGCCAGUUUGCUGUUAUGACUGCAUACCCUGUCCAGAAGGAGAGAUCAGUAAUGUGACAGAUUCAGUAGCCUGUGUGAAAUGCCCACCAGCGUACUGGUCCAACAAACGACGAGAUGCCUGUAUCCCCAAAGAAAUAGAAUUCCUGGCAUAUGAUGAAAUCCUAGGGUUAGUGUUAGUGGUUUUUUCAUUGUUGGGAGUUUUUCUAACUAUGGUUACAACACUUGUCUUCUACUGUCACAGAGAAACCCCCCUAGUAAGGGCCAACAACUCUGAGCUGAGCUUCCUGCUGCUCUUCUCCUUAACUCUGUGUUUCCUAUGUGCUUUGACCUUCAUCGGCCGGCCAUCUGAAUGGUCCUGUAAGCUGAGACACACAGCCUUCGGCAUCACCUUUGUCCUCUGUAUCUCAUGUGUUCUUGGUAAAACAAUAGUAGUUUUAAUGGCCUUUAAAGCUACACUUCCAGGCAGUAAUGUCAUGAAAUGGUUUGGGCCUUUACAGCAGAGACUCAGUGUUCUGGCAUUUGCUCUUAUACAGAUGUUGAUAUGUAUGCUUUGGUUAACAAUAAGCCCACCUUUUCCUUUCAUGAAUUUUCUACUAUAUAAGGACAGAAUCAUUUUAGAGUGUGAUACUGGCACAGCCUUAGGGUUCUGCGCUGUUUUAGGAUAUAUAGGACUUCUGGCUAUAUUAUGUUUUGCAAUUGCUUUUUUGGCUCGAAAGUUGCCCGAUAAUUUCAAUGAAGCAAAAUUUAUAACCUUCAGCAUGCUGAUAUUCUGUGCAGUGUGGAUCACAUUUAUCCCUGCUUAUGUGAGCUCACCUGGAAAGUUUACUGUGGCUGUGGAAAUAUUUGCGAUUUUGGCCUCCAGCUUUGGACUACUUUUCUGUAUUUUUCUGCCAAAAUGUUAUGUAAUCCUGUUUAGGCCAGAACAAAAUACCAAGAAACACAUAAUGGGAAAGACAUCAAAUUAUGACAUGCAAUAUUAA